UGUGGAACAGCUUUCCAACAUUUUUGGCCUUUUCAAUAAUGCUUUCAACGCUGGGUGGGCUCCUCAGCUAAAAAAUUCAAUGAAGGUGGUUUCAUCGUUUGCUCUUCCCUUGUGCUUCUUCCACUUCCGCAUUGUUGCAUCAACAUCUUCAUGCACAUUCCUUACUCCUGCCACCUCUAUAACCUACCAUCUUGGACAGCGAGUUAAAGUUAGAUGGGAAACGAACCUCUCGCAUGUCAAUCUACUCGUAGUUCAAGGAAAUGAGGUGAAUCGAAACUCCAUGCUCAUAAACGAAAACACGAAUAAGUCUGAAUAUAUCUGGAAAGUCGAAGCCAAUACCUCGAAACCCAAUAUCCCAUUCCAUUUCUGCAUCGUUGACGCGUUGGAUCACACAGAGGACAACACUGGCAGAGAGUGUUUGAGCUCAGGGUUCAGUGUCAUUGAAAUAGGUGCAUCCCAACCCACAACUACACAUUCCUUCCCCAGAUCCCAGACUCUAGGUUCGCAGGCCGUGCAGACGACAUUGCAGACAAGCGCAUCCGUCCUAAUUCCUCAAUUCUCACAAUCGUCCUCAAGCCUUACGCCGGAACCUUCAAUAGCCCAACAGACACUCUCCACAACUCCUACCUCACCAGUGUUACGAGUUUCUAUCGGACUAAGCGUCGGUCUCGGAAUCCCGCUCUUUUUCGCCCUUGCCUUAAUCGUGUACUUCUGGCACCAAUCACGAGGCUCAAGUUCUCCGUCCUACGAGCACGGUCGAUGGCACCAUCUGGAAUCCAGGCCUUCAUGGAAGCGCCACACAGAGACGAGCACACAACGGUGCCCUUUCCCGAGCUACAAUUCCAUGAUGGAGCAGAAAGUGAAGGAUCGCCUGGCUUGUGAGGUGGAGGUUCGGGUUCAACCAGCAGAACUGGCUGGCUCCUGCCCCUGGGGCAAGGAUUCAGUGCGCUCGCCGGUGGAAUUGUAUGCUGGGGGGUUAAGCCCGAGGAUUCCGCAUUCCGGGGAUGCGGAAACGUGAUACGACUCAUUAAAAUUGCUCUUCUAGCACUGAAUAGAAUGGAGGCAAAUAUCUGCUAAGAAUUGGUGCAUAUGGGUGGGUGGUAAUUUGAGACUUGCGGUGCAAUGAAGACAUGUUAUAUACGAUUUUUCCUAUGACUUAAUUCUAUCAGAGUUUACUCUUGAGGGGAUAUAUCGUUUAGGCUGCUGAUAAAGUCAGCACCUUGUCGCAUAUCGUGAAACAUAAUCAGAAUAGAGUCUUUCUGUCAAG